AUGCAGGGCCGGGCGCUCAAGGGCAAGCGCGCCAUAGUGAAGCUGCCGCCCAGCAAGGGCAAGAAUCUGCAAAUUCAGUGCGCGGUCUCUACCGAUGUAGGUCUGCUGCACUACGAGACUCAGCGCGGGAGCAUCAAGAUGGAGGAGAACGCUGCGUCCGUCAACACUGUCUACGACGCUGCGAAGGCGCACCCGACCUACCAGCAGCACUUUGCUUGUUGCUUCAGCGUGCUGAAAGCUGCGAUCAAGCGCUUCCUCGCGCUGAGUCACGACGAGAUGCUUAGUGCUCCCCGCGGUCAGAUGACGGAGCUGCGCAUGCAGUUACUGGAGCAAGCAGCGGAGGUUUGCAUGAACUGCAUGGACCUACGCCUUGUAAACAAGAUGGCGCUUCACUGCGCCCAGGUAGUCGCUGCUGCGAAGCGCGGUGAGCCGAUGGAGUACGGCAGUUGA